GUGGUCUACUACAGCAGCAUUACAAUACUAAAAAUUUUUUUACACGCAGAAUCGCUAAUUAAGAAACUAUGUUGCGUGCAAUUUGGCAGAAAUAUAAAGCAAUAGGUCAGUUUUCGAAUCACAAUGUUAGAAUCAGGUUUGAAAUGAAAUUUACUUAAAUAUUAUAUUUUAAAAAAAUUAGUUUGAAAUACGUAAUUUUAAUGUGUAGUUUGGAAAGCCAUCAAUAGAUGGCGCUACGAGUUAAAAUUUAACAUUGUAAUCUUAUUUCUGCAAAAAUUCACGAAGUAAUUGAUUUUGAUAUCAGUUAUAAAUCAUAUUUUUUUCUAAAUAAUAUUUAGAAGCGUUUCAUAUAUUCCUUUAUACACAGUUUUCACUAAACAUUGUCAGCUGUCAGCAGAAUGACGUUUACGGCAACCCUAUUGCAUUGCUAUUCCGCACUCGUUUUGUUUACAUUUAUUUGUACUGUGGUCAGUUUGCAAAAAAUAUGCGAAAAUAUCAAGGACGACCGAAAAAACAUCCUGGUUUUAAUAAAAGAUCCAGAAUUCAGCGUAAACGUCGAGCUCAAGAAAAAAAUAUGAAAUUAAAUUCCCGAGAUGUGGAAGAUUCCGAACAAGCGGAUGUUUUCGAAAGGUCCGGAAGUGAAAAAUUUGACUUUUCUACGCCAGAAGUUACAGCUAAUGUUCCUAAGACAAACCAGGCUUUCCUGAGUUCUGAUCUGGACAUUUCAGUUAUUGACUCUGACGUAGAAGGUAGAAAUACAAGCUCUCUUUUGGGCUUGGAGUCUGAGCCUCUUCAGGAGAACCUUAAUGAUGAAUUUCUGUGUCCUGAUUCACCUUUAAUUAUCGAAAGGGAAGAUCGACGAAAGGCAAAUCCAUUACCAUCUGGCAGAACAAUUUGCAAUAUGUCUUUUGUAAUAGUGCAGGCUAGGACAUUAGAGCAACAUUCCCUAAAUUGUAAAUUUGGAGGAUCAUUUAUUUUUAACAAAGUGAUUCGACGUGGUCUUGUCACUACAUAUAACUAUGUAUGUGAUAAAAUUUUAUGUGGGGAAAUGGCAACAAUUUGUUCUGAUAUGGAGAAAAGCAGCCUAAAUCAGCUUGCAGUAUUAGGUGCGUUAUCUACUGGCAGUGGAUUUUCACAAGAGGAGGAAAAGUUUAGCAUCAUGGAAAUUCCGUAUAUGAGCAACUCGACCUUUGCUUCUUGUGAGCGAACUACUGGCAAAAUAAUACAGGGAUGUGCACAGGAAACUAUGUGUGCUGCUAUAGAAGAGGAGAAAAGGCAGGCAGAACUUCGCAAUGAUAAAGAUAAUGAUGGUUAUCACUGUAUAACUGUCAUUGUUGAUGGAGGUUGGUGUAAAAGAAGCUAUGGGCAUGGUUACAAUGCUUCAAGUGGCAUAUCUGUUAUUAUAGGCAUGGUCACCCAGAAAAUUUUGUUUGUUGGAAUUCGCAACAAAGUGUGCCUUAUAUGCAGUGCUAUUGAAGAUGGCAAGAUGCCAAAUAAAGUGCACCUUUGUUGGCGAAAUUGGAAUGGGCCUUCUACAGGUAUGGAAAGCAGUGCCAUUGUGGAAGGUCUGAAUUAUCUCCAGUGUGUUCACAAAAUACGUUGUACUCGACUUGUUGGAGAUGGAGAUGCUAACACAAUGGCCAAAGUGAAAGAAAGCGUUUCAUAUGGAGGACGGGUGAUCAAAGUAGAAUGUGCUAACCAUGCUGUUCGAAGAUAUCGCAGAGCUCUUGAGAAACUUCAGCAAAAUACUGCGCGCUUCCCCGGGGCUAAAGGAAUUGCUGCCCGUAAAUUGCUGAAAAUUAAAAUGCCACUGUUAGUCAGAGGUGCUAGAGUAGCUAUAAAAGCUCAUGCUUUACCUAGCCAUUAUCAGCACACACAAGAAGCUAUUGAUGCAUUAGUAUCUGACUUGAGAAAUGGGCCACAUCAUAUAUUUGGCAAGCAUGAUGCUUGUAGUGCUUUUUGUGCAAAGAAAGGUGCAGAGUUGGACAGCACAUACAAUGAAAUUUUUUCCUCGGGUAUGUUGCAAGCUAUUGAAGCAGAAGUGGGAAGAGUACUGAUAUCGUGUAGCAGUACUCUUAUUUGGAAUGCCACAAAUAAUCCUGCUGAAAGCUUCAUGAGUCAACUGUGUAAAACAUCUGGUGGAAAAAGAGUUGAUUUUUCCAAAGCUGGUGGCAUGAACAGGCGUGCGAGUAUUGCUGUCAUGGCCUAUCAAAAUCCAGCACAGCAGUGGCAAAAAAAAUGCACAAAAAGCUGUAACAGGAAGUAGCCCCAGGACUCCAACUUUGAAAUUCUUAGCUUCCAGAAAUAAGCGCCAUGUAAAACGUCUUGAGAGACGUAGACUUUUUGACACUGAGAAGAAAAAGAGAAAUAUGAGGAAAGCAGGACAUAUUCAGCAAGGUGGGGAUAUUUCUUAUGGUGAUUUUCCUGAGAAACCAGACCUAUCAGAUGAAGCAUAUGAAUUGGCAGCUAAAAAUUUUUUUAUAUCAAUUGAAGUUCCAAAAAAAGAUUCUCUUGAGGCCGUAACACGUGGACAGUCAUCAUCUGAAAGAUGGCGUCAUGAAAGAUCAAGAAGAAUAUCAUCAUCCUUUUUCAAAGAUGUUGCUGAUAGGCGUCCAACAACACUCAGUGCUGCUUUAGUGAAACGUAUCAUAUAUAAUGAUAACGUUUCAACUAAAGCAUUAAAGUAUGGCUUGGCUAACGAAGCAGUAGCCUUAAAUCAAUACAAGGAAAAGCACAUGGGAAAAAACAUCAGACGUUGUGGCCUUUUUAUUGAUCCUAAAUAUCCCUUUCUUUGUACUUCGCCAGAUGGAUUGAUAGACGAAGAUGGAUUACUUGAAAUAAAAUGUCCUUAUACAGCCAGAUUCUCAGCAGACUUGUCAGACUUUUUCAGCAAGCCUAAUUCUGUUGGUCUUCGGAUGGAUGCUGAUAAUAAUCUUUAUUUACCGAAAAGCCACAAAUAUUAUUUUCAAAUUCAAGGGCAGUUAGCCAUAACAGAGAGGAAUUGGUGUGAUUUAUAUAUAUGGUGCAGAGAAGAUGCAAUCACAUUAAGAAUACCCGAAGACAAAACUUUCUGGAUCAGUUUAGUUCCAAAACUCGAAAAAUUUUACGUGAAUUGUAUUCUUCCUGAGCUUGUUGAUCCAAGAGCACCAAG